AUGAGUUCCAGACAUUCAUUGCCCGUGAGCAUAAUUAGAACAGCAUUCAUAAUCCCAAUAUUCAUUCUUGGGUGUUUAUGUACAGUAUUUACCCAAUGGUUGGCAUUAUUAGUUCUCCACAAUAAAUCAGAUACCAUUCAAGCAAUUAUUAAUAUUACUAAAAAUCAUUUUGUUAUAUUGUUAUCAUUUAUUACUCAAAUUGUCAAUCCAUCAAAGAUUGAAAUCACAAUUGAUACUACAACUGUACCAGAUGCUCAACAAUUCAAAGUUGAUGAAUCCGGUAAUUUGCACACCAUGUUCCAGCCAAAUUCGAUUCUUAUUUCCAACCACCAGAUUUAUACAGAUUGGUUGUAUUUAUGGUUCUUGACAUAUACUUCGAAAUUGAGUGAUUCUGUUUUCAUUAUUUUGAAGGAUUUAUCUAAGAUUCCAGUAUUGGGAUAUGGUAUGAAGAACUACAAUUUCAUGUUCUUAAGCAGGAAAUGGGAAAAGGAUAAGAUUGUAUUAACAAAUCAGUUAUUGGAAAUUGAUGCCAAUGCUAGAGGAAUGGGACCUGCCAAUGGAGUAAAAUUGGUAAGUACAACAGAUAAAACAUUUACAAAAUGGCCACAAGGUAAGAACUCUGAUAAGAUCUGGCCUUAUGAAUUGAUUUUAUUUCCCGAAGGAACCGUACCAUCCGAUAGAACUACAAAGAAGUCCGCUGAGUAUACUUCUUCUAAAGGUUUACCACCAUUGAAACAUGUUUUAUUGCCUCGUGUAAGAGGCUUGUUCCUUGCAUUGAAAAAGUUACGAAGCACCGUUGAAGUCGUGUACGAUAUAACCACUGUCUAUGGAGGUUUGACUGAAGAUCAAUAUGGAGAAAUUGAAUACUCUUUGAAACGUUUCUAUUUGAGAGGUUAUGGUCCUCCAAAGAUCAAUUAUCACAUUAGGGGUUGGAGAUUGAAAGAUAUUCCAUUAGGUGAAGACGUAGACGAUAUUGAUGAUAUCCCAGAGGAAGAUUUGAAAAAGUUUGAGAAUUGGCUAUUGGGUAUUUGGUACGAUAAGGAUAAGCUUAUGCAAAAUUUCUAUACUCAUGGUAAAUGGCCUGAAACAAAAUAUGAAACAAAGUCUAUUAUUGGUGAUUUUAAGUUAAGAAAUCAAUUAGAAAUUUUUACCCCUUAUUUGGUUGCCUUUUCUGCAGUUUUGUUACUAAGAAUUGCUUAUAUUUUUAUUAAAAGUAUUUUCGUAUAG